AUGAGGGUGAAACAUAACGGUGUAGUUGAAGAUGUCAAUGAAGAAGAUGAAGGUGAUGGAAUAGGUGAAGAAGCGAAUACUGGCGCAGACGAUGAAGGAGGGUUAGGUGAAGAAGUAGGAGUAGAUGUAGGUGAACAAGUGGGUGAAGAAGUAGGAUCGGGGUCAGGUGUAGAUGAAAAAGAAGCAAGUAUAGAUCAAGUAGAGGGUACACAGAUAGAUCAAGACGGAUGUAAUGCAGAUCAACAAGCAGGUCAACCGAGGAAGCAGGCUCUCAUGCAGAAAACUCUAUGGAGAUCAAGAAAGCGUUAUGGUAGACCCCGACGAAGACGUCCAAGUCCAUCCAAAAGAAACCAAUGUUCAGUAGAAGGAGAAGGUGAAGGAGUAGGACCUGUCAGUCGAUCAAGAAGCUGGUUUACCUAUGAUGAGGAGAUAUGGAUAUCUCAAGCGGAAAUAUAG